ACAACAAUACAGAAAAACUUUCGUUGUUUGGUACUGCGCACGCGCACAAGCCCUAUUUGUGGGAAAAUGUCGCGAGAACACAAAAUCUGUGUGCACCAAUCAAAUCGUGUCGUGCUCCAUCACCGCCCGCCCACAAACAUGGCGGACUACAAGGAGGCACCUUUGGCGACUCGUCCAAAAACAUUAGAGCCAGCGGAAUAUUUUCAUGUUUCGCCCGAAUAUCGACGGGCGGAGGAGGAGCGAGGAGCGCUCAGGUCCCGGCUGAAGAGAGAAUAUCAGACGAAGCUGAAUAAUCCUCUGCGGAAAGAGCUGAUUGAGGACCCGGCCCUCACGAGGUGGACGUACGCCCGUACGGAGAUGUAUAAUCACUUCAGACCGACACCGAAAUCCUCCCUGAUCGCUGGUUUGAUCGGAGUCGCUCCACUCUUCAUCUUGUACUACGUCUUGAAGACUGACCGCGACAAGAGGGAGCAGAAGAUUAAAGACGGGACUUACAAACGCCCGUACAGACUCUCAUACUGAUCUCUGACUUGUACUUCAGGUUAAAUCAUUGUCUCGGAUUGUACAUGUAACUAUAAAUAAACUUUAUUGAUGAAAAAAUGAAGAAGUAAGAGCAGUUU